CGCCACACACAGGGCGCCACCGCCCACUUGCCACUCACCCGCCCGCCCGCGCGCGCAGGCGCCGAGCACCAAAUCGCCAAACCCUAGGCAGCCUUCGUCUCCUCUCCGCCCAUCCGCCUUUCACGCCGGAGGUUCCUACCCGGGGGAUCGCCAGGGAGGCGGGCGCUGGGGAGCCAGCUGCGAUGCUCACGCGUUCUCGAUACAAAGCUGCGAUGAGCUCGGGCCCGGGAGGCAGCGGCCGUGGCGGAAUGGGGCGUGUGGGGCAGGCCCCGCGGACGGGUCCUAUUGCGGAGGCAGCCGCGGCGGAGAACCUGAUGGGGAAUUCCGGCCUGAAGGUUGAUACUGAUGUGAUGGUGGAAGCCACGGAUGAGGUGGCCGGGGUGAAGAAGGUGGAGGGGAGGAUCGUGGCGGUGGGGGAUGCGGUGGUGAUCACGGAUGCUGGUACCGAUGGAGAUGAGGGUCUUGCCAUUGUGAGUGAUUUGCUGUACGAGGCAGAAGCGGUGGGUAUGGUUGGCGCAGCAAUUGAAGAAGAUGGUUUUGGUGAGAACGUGCAAGUGCGGAUUGGUGGAGGUGGGAUGGAGGGGGAGUUGGGAGUGGAAGCUGGUGGCCUGCAGGGUGAGGAUGAAGACGCUGCUAAGACUGUCGAACGGUCCGCUUACCAUACACCUCAGCAUGUCGAAGCUGAACCCAACAAAAAUGAUCGGCUUGCCAGCUACUGCCUUCCUCUUCUUGAUACUGGUGAUAUUCGAGUUUCUGAUCUUGUAUGGGGCAAAUUAGAAGGUUAUCCUUGGUGGCCCGGUGAAAUUUUCAAUCCUUCAGAUGCAUCUGAGCUGGCAUUGAAGCAUCAGAUAAGGGGAAACCAUCUGGUAGUGUUUUUUGGUGACAGCACAUUUGCAUGGUGUGAUGAAUCCCAGUUGAUGCCUUUCAUGACCAACUAUUCACAGAUGGAGAAACAAAGCAGUUCUGAUGAGUUUGUUAAUGCAAUUAACCAUGCACUCGAAGAACUCUUGAGGCGGAUAUUAAUAGGGAUGAGCUGUCCAUGUGCACCCGAAGAGCUUUCUGACAGUAGAAUGUCUUAUUUGGUUGAGAAUCAUGGGCUCAGGGAGGGAGUUGUGUGUUCAACAGCUAAUCGGGCUGAGGUCUUGGAACAUUUCCAUCCAGAAAAUCUUCUUCACUAUGUCAAGUCGUUAGCUUUGUUCCCUGGCCAAGGGGGUGAUUUGCUGGAAUUGGUGAUAGCUUGCUCUCAGCUUACAUCUUUCUAUCGUUCUAAGGGCAGCCCUGAACUUGCCACAUUUCAAACCACCAGUGGAUGGGCUGAAAAAGCCAUGGAUGCUCCUUCCACCAAGAAUGUAGAGGAAGAUGUCGGCAGUGUAGUGCAUUCUAAUCAUUAUAAGCCCAGAAAAGGCAUCGGUAGACCUUGUAAAAGGAAGCCUGACGAUGGUAUUGAGUCGAUGGAGAAAAAGGCAACAUUGUACAACCCUUGCAGUUACGAUUAUCCAGGGAAAAUACAAAUGGCUGGUCCUGCUGAUGAACUUAAGCCAAAGAGGGGUCAAAACAGGAAAAAUGUGCAUUCCCCUGAGGCAGGAAUGACUGAUCACUCGCAUGAUAUGUACUGGUAUGAAUUGAGUUUACACAAUGACCCAAUCUACAGCCUCAAAAGAGCAAGUACCAAGAUGAAGCCUACUAGAGAAACCAAGUGGAGAUCAUCACUAGAGAAACCUGCGCCUUCAUCACAGCAAGUGCAGUCUGCAACAUUGGCUCCAAAGAAACAGAUACAAGUGAUGGAAAGACCAAUCAUCUAUAUCGAUGCCAAAAUGCCCCAUGAGGUGAAGCCCACCGCACUUGUUUUGUGCUUUGGCAGGUCAGCUGCUCUUCCUUCAGAAGCUGAUCUCAUCAAGAUGUUCAGGGGCUAUGGACCACUAAAACAAACCGAGACUGAAGUGCACAAGGGCACAAACACUGUUAAGGUUGUCUUCAAGAAACGUGCCGAUGCAGAAAGGGCUUUUAGUGUUGCUGGCAGCUAUUGCACUUUUGGACCUUGGCUUCAAAGCUACCGUCUUGUGAAUAUGCCAUUUUCUCUAGGGACAGAAGCAAGUAAUCCUAUGACGCACCCUGAAGCAAAUCGACUCUAGCGAAUAGCGCCAUUUACAUUACCUAUCAAGAACAUUGACUUUCAUCGGUCUCAUCCUGUAAAAAACUUCGUCUGGAUCUGUUUGUCCAGAAUGCACAGAUUUCAGUCUAUUACCAACAACUAUCUUAGGGUAGGAUCAGCCACUGAGGUAAGAAAUCAGAAUCGCUUAGCGGGAGCAGGUUCUUUCCUACAUCUCAGGUUCUCUCCCCAUUGGUGCAAGUUCAUAUUUAAAGAAUUUUCUGUUAAAUCC